UAUAAUAACACAUCAGCAUUAACUGGCGUCUAGCCCUCUGUACCUUUAGUUUUCGUCCAAUUGUGCAUCUACGCUUUAGCUGUAGUCAACGCUUGCCAUCUUCCACGUCACAUUCUGCAAUAAGGGCAGCUUCAAGGAAGUUGAACCGCUGCAAGAGUUAUUUUGAUUGGUUUUAUUUGUUUGAUGAAUUUGAAAGUAAUGAAGAUUGGAAUUGGGAUAGCCAUCGCUGUAUUGUUGUUUACCGUGUGGUUGUAUGCUGCAGCAGAAGACGACGAGACGGCCGAUGCGGUGGAGGAGUUAGUGAUAGAAACCUUGGUGAUGCCGGAGUCGUGUACUCUGAAGUCACAGAUGGGAGACACGCUUCAGAUCCAUUACACAGGGAGGCUUCUGGAUGGGAAGGUUAUUGACUCCUCCCUGUCUCGGGAUGCUCUGGUGGUAGAGCUGGGGAAAAGGAAUGUCAUUUCAGGUCUAGAGCAGAGCUUGGUUGGAGUAUGCCAGGGACAAAAAAUCAAGGCCACCAUUCCAUCACAUCUAGCAUAUGGAAAAAGAGGAUACCCACCAACCAUCCCAGAGGAUGCUGCUCUGGUUUUUGAAGUGGAGGUGCUGUCCGUGACCCAGCCGACGCCCUGGCAGAAGCUGGUUAAUGACAUAUUCCCAUUGGUGUGUUUAGCCUUAGUACCCACCCUGCUGGGUUUGGUGGGCCUGUACCUCUAUAAUAAAGCCCAGGCUCAGGCCCACAGCAAGAGGAAGGCCAAAGACAAGAAGAGUAAGAAAAAGUGAAAUGGAGAGAAACAGGGUCUACUAUUUAAAUAAAUAAAAACAGAAAAAUAACCCCA